AUGAUCGACAUCAGCAUCUCCAACCUAGAAGGGCUGCGCACCAAAUGCGCCACGUCCAACGACCUCACGCAAAAGGAGAUCCGCACCUUGGAGAGCAAGCUGGUGAAGUAUUUCAGCCGUCAGCUCUCUUGCAAGCGAAAGGUGGCCCUGCAAGAGCGGAAUGCCAAACUGGAGGGCUUCCCACAGCUGCUGCAUUGGUUCCGGAUUGUCAACAUCCGUAAGGAAGUCAUGGAGGAAAUCACCCCUGGCCAACUAAGCCUGGAGGACCUCCUGGAAAUGACAGAUGAGCAGGUCUGUGAGACUCUAGAGAAGUUUGGGGCCAACAGGGAGGAGUGUGCCCGGCUGAACGCCUCUCUCUCCUGCCUCAGGAGUGUCCAUAAAUCAGGUGGCAAUCUUUCUAAGCAAGAUUGGACCAUCCAGUGGCCAACAACAACUGAGACAGGCAAGGAGAAUAGUUCAAUGUGCCAAAAGGAGACCAUGCAGUGGAUCCGAACUCAUCUUACUCCAAGUCCCAAAGCUCAGUCCAAGUGCAUUCAGCAUUACUGCCACCAGACUUUGCCCCAUGGGCCAGUGUACACCCAUGUGGAUAGACUGACUGUGGAAGGCUUUCCGGGGUUGUGCCCCCCACUGGAAUCUGGCCAUCGUUCUUUGCCCCCUUCUCCACGCCAGCGGCAUGGUACCCGUACUCCACCACGCACUCCAAACAUAGUUACCACCAUGACUCCACCGGGCACCCCCCCAAUUCGGAGGAGGAACAAAGUCAAACCACCAGGCACACCGCCUCCCUCAUCACGGAAAUUGAUCCACCUUUUCCCAGGCUUCACAUCUUUGCAUCGCAGCAAAUCCCAUGAAUUCCAGCUGGGCAACCGGGUAGAUGAGGCUCACACACCCAAAGCAAAGAAAAAGAGCAAACCUCUAAACCUCAAGAUCCACAACAGUGUGGGGAGCUGUGAGAACAUUCCUGCCCAGCGCUCUCCCCUCCUCCCGGAGCGCUCCCUGCGGUCUUUCUUUGUUGGACAUCCACCUUUCCUCCCUUCCACCCCUCCUGUCCACACCGAUGGGACCUUCUCCACAAAUAUGCUGUCAGUACCUCGUUGGUCUCCACAAAUUCCCCGGCGAGACCUUGGAAACUCAAUCAAACAUAGGUUUUCCACCAAGUACUGGAUGUCACAGACAUGCACCGUUUGUGGGAAAGGAAUGCUAUUUGGACUGAAAUGUAAAAACUGCAAGCUAAAGUGCCACAACAAAUGUACCAAAGAGGCUCCACCAUGUCACCUACUGAUCAUCCAUCGUGGAGCAAGGUUAGUCCGGACAGAAUCUGUGCCAUGUGAUAUUAACAAUCCCUUACGGAAGCCCCCCAGAUAUUCAGAUCUGCAUGUCAGCCAGACACUUCCCAAAACCAACAAAAUCAACAAGGAUCACAUUCCAGUGCCCUAUCAACCAGACUCCAGCAGCAAUCCUUCCUCGACGACAUCAUCCACACCUUCCUCCCCUGCUCCUCCCCUGCCGCCCAUUGCCACACCGCCUUCCCCCUUGCAUCCCUCUCCACAGUGCACACGACAACAGAAGCAGUUCAACCUACCAGCUUCCCAGUAUUAUAAAUACAAACAGCAGUUCAUCUUUCCAGAUGUAGUACCUGAGACACCCACCCGAGCACCCCAAGUUGUCCUCCAUCCAGUGAAUGCAAAUCCCAUCCUGGAAGGAAAUCCGUUACUUCAAAUUGAAGUGGAGCCAACCUCUGAGAAUGAACAAGGAAAUGAUGAAGAGUCAGAAGAUGAUUUUGAGGAGAUGAACCUUUCACUUCUCUCUGCCCGCAACUUUCCACGUAAGGCCAGCCAAACCAGCAUCUUCCUGCAGGAAUGGGAUAUCCCCUUUGAGCAGCUGGAGAUUGGUGAACUCAUUGGCAAGGGCCGUUUCGGACAGGUGUUUCAUGGCCGCUGGCAUGGUGAGGUAGCCAUCCGCCUCAUUGAUAUUGAGCGGGACAAUGAAGACCAGCUGAAAGCCUUCAAGAGAGAAGUGAUGGCCUACAGGCAGACUCGGCAUGAGAAUGUGGUGCUGUUCAUGGGUGCGUGCAUGAGCCCUCCUCACCUUGCGAUCAUCACCAGCUUGUGCAAAGGACGGACGCUCUACUCAGUGGUGAGAGAUGCCAAAAUCGUCCUGGAUGUCAACAAAACAAGGCAGAUUGCUCAAGAGAUUGUCAAGGGGAUGGGCUAUCUUCAUGCAAAGGGGAUUCUCCACAAAGAUCUGAAAUCUAAAAAUGUUUUCUAUGACAAUGGGAAAGUCGUGAUCACUGACUUUGGCCUCUUCAGCAUAUCAGGCGUUCUGCAAGCAGGAAGGAGGGAGAACAAACUACGCAUCCAGAAUGGAUGGUUGUGUCACUUGGCCCCAGAGAUUAUCCGCCAUUUGUCACCUGACACAGAAGAAGACAAGUUGCCUUUCUCCAAGCACUCAGAUGUCUUUGCACUUGGGACUAUCUGGUAUGAACUACAUGCACGGGAAUGGCCGUUCAAGACUCAACCAGCCGAGGCAAUAAUUUGGCAAAUGGGCCGGGGAAUGAAGCCAAACCUCAGCCAAAUUGGCAUGGGGAAAGAGAUCUCAGAUAUCCUUCUUUUUUGCUGGGCCUAUGAGCAGGAGGAUCGGCCAACUUUCACCAAGCUCAUGGAGAUGCUGGAGAAACUGCCAAAGAGGAACCGCCGACUUUCUCACCCUGGCCACUUCUGGAAGUCAGCAGAGCUGUGACAGACGGCUCAGAGGGACGGUGCCUUCUGUAUGCCUUCCUUCCUGUCUUCAAACCCUCUUUCCACUCUUCCUCCUCUCCUUGCUCAAUGAAAGGCCGGUGCGUUACAGCACACUUGGGAGCCCCCGGAGACAAAGAGAGGCAUCUUUGUGCUGAUUUCCAGAAUGGACACAACAUCCCAGAGAGCAAAGGGGGUGCCUCAUUCCAUUAUGGAGAUCUUGAAGAUCCUAGGGACAGGCAAGGGUUGGAUCUUGUUUGCAGCUGAUUCCGUACUGGGUCCCACAGCAGUGGUUCCCUGAGCUGCCCUCUGGCUGCCAACAGCACCAGGGACCUGAGGGCAGAGGUGGCAUUUUGAUACCCUUUCUCCCAUCAAUUAUUAUUACGUAAGGGCAAUAGAGAGCUUCAGUUGGGUCAGCCUUUCCUAGAAGCCAUGAGCAGCACUCUCCAAUGCUGAUAUGGGGCUUACUUUAUUUUAUUUAGUCAUUUUAAGAAAAAAUGCUGCUGAAUUCUCAUUCCAACUACUUAAUGAUGAAAGUGGAAAUUUGUGUUGUUUCCAAAAAGGGCAGAUGUUAGAAGAAGGAGCUCCUGGAUGUUUCAGUUUAAACCUUGAAGGUACAAUAGCUCUGCCCUGUCUUGGCAUCUGGCCAUCCGAACAACAGCAGUAGUUGAGUGGGUGUCAUCUCUGGAAGCAGAUUCCGGUCUAAGCAGCCAAGAUCUCUGUCGGGAUGGGGAAUGUGUGACUCCCAGAUGCUGAUGGACUGCAGAUUCUUUAAUCCCAUAAUACUGGACUGGGCUGAGCUAGUUAAGGCUGACAGGAGUUGCACUUCAGUCCCAGAAGAGCCAUGCAUUCUUCACCCUUGACCUGGAAGGUUUUACAUGACAUUUGUGACUGUCUAGUUAUUAGCAAAAUAUCUGAGGCUAUGCUUGCUCAUUUUGUAGCCGGUGUCUAUUGCUUUCCAAUCCUUCCUCGCUGCAUUGGUUCACCUAUUCUUUCUCAGUGAUGUUUGCUGGACACCAUCCUAGGCAGCAUCCCGUCCCACCUCCCUCUGCCAAAACUAGGCAAGAGCUUGGAAGCCCAGCUUCCAGACUCUUGAUGAGUUCUUCAUUCUAGAGGAAGAAAGGAAAUGGCCAACUGCCACAACCCUCCUGAUAGGUCUUUUUUGAGACUCUUAUGUUUAAACCAGCAGAAUUCCAAAAUCCAGUCUAAAUCUGAGGUGAAUUUUAUUUUGUUUGUUUGUCACAUAGGUAUUCUAUCUUUUUUUAAAAAAACCCAAAACUCAGGGCCAUCAGUUUGGGCCUCCUUCCCAUUUUCUCUCCUCACAACCACCUUAUGGAGUUGACAGAGACACACUGCCCCAGAGUAGCCCAGUGAACUUCGUUGGCAAAGCAGGGAUUUGAACCAGGGCUUCCCUAGCCUUAAACUUCUUACACAAUGCUAGCUCUGAGAUUGUCUUAUCACCCACCCACCUUUCAUUCCUGCAAGAAACUGACACUUUGCAGAAUCCUCUCCAGUUGCUUUCCAUCAUUUUGUGUCUGUCAGAGUCUUGCCUAUGGAAAAUUUGCUGAAAUGUCCCUCUCUGUUUUUUUGCCUCAUAUGAGUUAGGAUUUGGGUGAGACUGUGUGCACUAUUCAUCUAAUCACAGACACUCAUCAUCAUCAUCCUAGCUGGGCCAUUGAGGAAUGUAAGACUUUAACUUUCUUUUUCCUUUUAUCACCCUGCAUAAGCAUCUUUUGCGCCUCUGGCCAUUCAUGUGUUCUUCUGUUCCUGUAUUUCUGCAUGCAUCUCAGGUGAGACAUAUGAAUGUGCUACGAAUAUUGCACUAAUCCUUUACGGGGAUCUUCACCAAGAGCCUUCACCUUAUGAAGGAGAAAAGGACGUAUCCCUUAAAUGCGUCAUUUCCAACCACUACAAAUUCUGAUAGAAGAGGAAUCCAUGCUGUGCUCUCCUCGAACUAGCAAGUCCAGCUUAGUUAUUUCUAUGUAUUUUUAAGGACAGUGAAGUGGAAUGGGGAAAAUAUUGGAGGCUUCUAUAAUGCUUUUGGAAUGUAUGGAUCCCUUCCAUGCUAAGAGGGUGGACAGAAAGCAGGAAGCAUCAUGUGAGUGGCACAACUUGGAAAAGUUCACUUUCUUGGGCAACCACGCCCAGAACCCACUGGAGAAGCCGGCUAGGGAUUCUCAGAGCUAAAGUUUCAAACAGUAGCUUUUCUAAGCUCUCUUGCAUGGUAAAAGAAGUAAGGCGGAACUAAAAGUUAAUGAUAUGUUUCAGCCCCAAAGAGGAUUUGAGAUGGCAAGCUGCGAUUAAUAUUUCAUGAAAAGCCACCCUUGCCAUCCUUUUCCAGCCCUUUCUCGCAUUGUUAUUGUUCUGGAGGUGAUGCUUGUCAUUGUUAUCUUUGUUGUCAUACCCUGGUACCCUUUAUUUAUUUUGUAAAAGCAAGGAGGCCUUUGGCAUGCCAGAGAAAGAGUCAUGACUCGGGUGUUUAGAUAGCCAGAUUUUAUUGCCUACAUAGCAAGUUAGAAUGAGGACAAAGCUUUAUUUCUCCUGUCUACUUCUUUGGGGGGGGGGGUUCAUGAGAAAUUAGCAGUAUCCCAAGGAAAAGGAGGAAUCAUAGCCACUAACCAGCAAUAGAAAAAUCAAAGACUGUGCCCAGUCCACAAAGCUCUGUCAACAAUGUUCAUAGUGUGUGUCGAUGCACUGCAUACCAGAAGGAUAUGGGAGGUGAGCAUUUGGACUCAAGCAUUCAGUAGAGUAGCCUCUUGAUUGGCAAGUAGAUUUGUAGGUAAGUGGGGAAGUUGGGAAAUAUUCUGGUGGUACCAAGAUCCUGUUCUGACCUUAAACAUAAGCCCGCAGGGCAGCAAAGAUAGCUAAAGCUGCAGCACCCACAAGGGCCAGAUUAAGGCAGCAAGCACCAGUGAGAACAGGCGCCACUGCUACUUCCAAUGCUCUUCAUAAAUAUGUUGAGUGAAGAUCUUGGAGGAUAGAUGCUAUGAGUGGCAUGCUAAUAGAUGCUAUGAGUGGCAUAAGACAGCUAACCUAGAACACAUGUGCAUUUGGAGUAUAACAGAGGAGUGGGCAUCCUUCAGUCUCAAGAGACUAUGGUAACAUGCUUUGA